AUUCAAAGGCAUAUCAGAUUCGCAUUUCAAAGCUAUAUAACGAUCACCGUAUUAUGUAAAUGGCAUUUGGGUUAAGAUAGCGAGGGAUAUCGCUGUAGAUUCUCGUCUGUGUCCUUCAUUCUGCGGAGAUUAACCAAAGGAAUCCAUGUGGAUGAGACGACUGGACCAACAUAAAGUGUACAGGAGCACGUUAAUGCAGCGGUGGAUAGUGUCGAUUUACAUGGAAAACAUAUGUGGCAGCGACUGCUCUGAUUGAGGAUUGCGUUAAAUGCGUUGCGUCUUGUUUUGGUCCACGAACUUGGCAUCACUUUAGCCAUCACCGUGAAAGACAGGAUCCUAUUGCCGAGGGGGGAAAAACGUUGGCGUCAUGCCAAGAACUGGCAAGUGCGCCUCCCUUCACCGCUGCUUUGGGUUUGGCCGUUUUUAAAAAGGCAAGCCUGGCCUGCAGCUGAUCAGUCUGCUCAGAAAACUUCUCCAGAGGGGAAAGUGCUGCAAUCGGAAGGUCCAGAUUUGAGAGCGCCGAACUGCUUUGCGCACAGAUUGGACAAUACUGCCAUCAGAAAAGGAAUGGUUAGAGAAAAUAUGCCAUUUGAACAUUGGGCAUAAAUUCGAAUAGAUCGUCGGAUGCUUUUAAAAUAUAACGUUUCUUGAGGUAUUUCUACAGUUAAUUGCUUUGUUUCGUCUGACUUUGGAUGUGGACUUUCCCAAAGUUCUAUUUAUUUGUAUAAUCUAAUGACCUGAAGCAAACGCCCAUUUGCUUAAUUCCGUAUUUUGUCACAGUUCUCAUCGGAGGUAAAGAGAAAGAGAAAAAUAUGCUACACAUUUGUUUCGUGCUUGUUACAUUUUUCUUGGGUCUGUCCCAGUGCUUUGGCUCGUAUGUCCCCUGCGAGCCCUGUGAUCAGAAAGCGCUCUCUAUGUGCCCUCCGGUUCCGGUCGGCUGUCAGCUCGUGAAGGAGCCCGGCUGCGGCUGUUGCCUGACCUGCGCUUUAUCCGAAGGUCAGGCGUGCGGUGUGUACACCGGAACAUGUACGCACGGGCUUCGAUGCUUGCCACGGAAUGGAGAGGAAAAGCCGCUUCACGCCCUUCUGCAUGGCAGAGGAGUGUGCACCAACGAAAAAGGAUACAAACCGCUCCAUCCGCCUAUCGAUCGCGAAUCUAAAGAGCACGAUGACCCACUGAAGACCGACACGACCGACGAGCAGCUGCCCCACGCCAAGCUGCCCGUUUACCCCAAGCAAGACCUGAUCAACAGCAAGAAGCAAGCCGCCAUGCGCAAGGACAAGAAAAAGCAGCAGGAGAAGCUGAGGUCCGUCGGCUCGCCGGACUACUCGCCGCUCCCCAUCGACAAACACGAGACCGAGUUUGGCCCUUGCAGGAGGAAGCUGGACGGGAUCAUCAGGGGACUGAAAGACACCUCCCGUGUCAUGGCUCUAUCUCUCUAUCUGCCCAACUGUGACAGGAAGGGUUUCUUCAAGCGCAAGCAGUGCAAGCCCUCACGCGGCCGAAAGCGAGGCAUCUGCUGGUGCGUGGACAAAUACGGUGUGCAGCUGCCGGGCACCGACUACAGCGGAGGAAACAUCCAGUGCAAGGACCUGGAGAACAGCAACAACAACAACGAGUGAGGAGGGACCGUCCGGAUCGCCGGGCCCAAGGCUCCCUUCCUUCUUUCCUUCCCACCUGUCCACCCGCCAGACAUGCUGAGAUUUGAUGCGAAAAGAAAGAAAAAACAAACCAACAAAUUGAACAAAAACUAAAAGCUAAACUGAGGGAAAAAAACAGGAGUCUUUUUUUUUUUGACUGAGCACUCAUCUCCAAGCCAGAGGACCCAGCCAAUCAGAAGGCCUCUGAGGCAUCCAUUUUAAGAGCUGGGUCCCAGCAAAUGAUUUUUAAAAAUAUAUACAUGCAAUUAUAUAUUUUUUAUAGAAGUUGGGGUUUGAGCACCAUACUGUUAACAUACAGCAAAAAGAGUAUAUGGCAUGUUGAAUAUUAGCAGGGCUAUCUUAAUCUUUUACAUCUUUGAAUUCGAGGUGUUAAAGGAGAUAGCUAGAACUUUUACUAUUGGAAGAACUAUUGUAAUUUUUGUUUCGUUUUCCAAAAGAAAGAAAAAGCGAUAGGGAUGUGCUUAUGAGGCUGUCUCUUAUCUGGCUGUGUGGUCCUGUCAGAGCACUUACUCAUUGGGGAACCUGCUUGGAAACGUGUAACUUCACCAAGUUCAGUGUAUGCGUGUGUGAAUGCGCACGCAUGUUAAAGAAAAACAGCGUUUUUUCAUAACGCAUUUUAUAAAAGCACGUCCCUUUUUCUUAUUUUUCAGACCAUGAAUUUUGUGGCCAGUCCACCUGCCCCCAGCGCCCCGUGAGCGGCUCUAGAGCAGGCUCAAUGAUGGUGCCCUCCAUCCCAUCUCGCAGCUUUGAAGAAAAACAAAGGCGGCGUAGAAACGAAAGCGCGUGCGGCCGGCCCGUUUCCGCGGACGCGAGACUCGGUAGCCUGCAUGGAAUGCCAACUGUGCCUAAGUAAGCCGGCGCCGGUGACCGGGCAAAGGGAGAGCCGACAGGCCGACGGCUCUCGACCGCGCGCCCGGCUUCGGUCACGUCCGCAAAUUCUCAGAUUCCUCGCGAGGUGGACGAAAGAAACGUCCUCCGCAAAAAAUCUUUUUGGCACCGAGUUCUGGCAUUCGCAGUAAAACGUUUAAGGAAGUAUCGGCGUCAAACGUGGGACACGUGGUGUUAGUUAAGCUUGAAAUAGCUUCCAAGAUGCUAAUGCUAGAAUCUCCCCUGCCUUUGAGUUUGAAGAAAUGUUUAUGAUCACCUUCCCGAGCGAUCGCGUGCUCCUUUUCCGUGACGACGUAGUCUUCGACGCAUUUCCGUUGUUUUCUCUGCCUUCAGUGAAGUAUUGACUGCCCACUUUUGAGCCAUUUUCUUAGACGAAGUGAUCUCACUGAAGUAGAUAAAACCUUUUCACGAUGUUACCUUUAACUGUAGAUUAACGAAUGUUUUUUUUUUUUUUUUUCCUUUCUAACAAACAAAAGAACUGGUGCUUGGAAAAGGAACUGCGCGUUUUAGCGUGUUGCUUGUUUUGCAUUGUUGCAUCCACCCUGUCACUUUGAAGCCUUGGUCAUUUUAAUGCAGGUUUUCCCAAACGUUCACGUCAACCAACCUCUUUUUUUUUCUAUAGGCCACAAUCAUUUACUGUUCGUUUUGGUCAGUCAACGCAAUACGCGCAACUGCAACUUUUGUUUUUAAGGGGCAAUACAGAAAAAUAAGACGCAUCUAGUACCAAGUCAUUCAAUGUUUUAUGAGUCUUUGUGUGUG